UGGCAAAAAGCAAAACACAUUUUUGUUGACUAUUUUCACGGAAUUACAUUAAAUAUGAGUUUGGCCAGCAUAAAACAGAAAGAAGUCAAGGGCAAGAAGAAAUUACUCCCCAAAUUGCGAACAGUUUUAGCCAAUCCAUAUAAACAUCACAGUCCAAUUUUGCCAGAUGUAGAUGUAAUGCAGCUUGGGAUGAUUUUUAAAAAGGCUAUGGAAAGCAGCGAGACAGGAAUCAAAUCCUUUGCCACUCGAUUUGGAAUACAUCUUGGUCUGGAAAGUUCCCUGCGAGCCAUUAAUUCCCAGCGUUUCUCGUGUUUGCUGGUUUCUUUGAGCCUGCGACCAGCUCAUCUCAUCCGUUUGAUAGCCACCAGUGCAUCCGUCAAGGUGCCCACUGCACCCAUUUAUGCACAGCCUAAACUGGAGGAGUUUACUAUGGAAAUCUUUGGAGUACGAGCACUUUCCUUGGCUUUACCUUUGGAUUUAAGACCUAUAAGUGUUGAGUUGGAACAGUGGGUUAUUGCCAGAAAAAGGACUCCCCCGCCUGCCAAAAACAUAGUCGCUAAAAUCCACAAGAAGCCCAAGAAAAAACUUGUAGUAAUCAACCCAAUUGAAGAGGAAAAGAAGCUGCCGCUUCCCGCUGCUGAAAAAAAAGAUUGGGACUAUGAUUUUAUAUCCUUUUCCUCAUAUACACCCUCUGUAAAGCUAGACCGCGUAGAUGUCCUGGUGGAGUCGGAAAAACUAGACAAUGCUCUUAAAAAAUUGGCCAUGAAAGGGAAGAGCAAGGAGGAGAAAGAAGAAAUCAAUCAAAAACCAGUAGAAAAGGAGAAAUCCCCCAGCUUAGAUCCUAUGGAAGUGGAGCCAGUUGAGGACGACUUUUUGGACAGGGAUCUGCAAAUCUAUCGACCCCUUACUGUGCACCAAAUACGUCCCAAUCCAGACAAGAAACCCAAAAAGAAGCGAAAUAAGAAGGCAACUAGCAAAUCCUAA